AUGGACUCCAUUCCACGGACGCAUGAAGACAUCGAAGCCCAAAUCCGUGAACUUCAGUCAAAGCGAAGAGAACAAAAAGAACAGGACAAUGAACACUCAGGAGAAAUUGAUCAAGUCGGGUUGGGACAGACUGGGUAUUACGAUCCAGAAAUUUACGACAAGAAUAAAUUUGGAAAUAUAUACACGUAUAUUCCAGCCGAUGAUGAGUUAGAUGAGGAGGAACCAGAAGUGAACACUUUCAGCAGAAACAGACCAGGUUACACUGCUCCUGCUUCUGCACUCAAUGAUGUCGCUCAGAGUCAAAAGGAUUAUGAUCCUUUUGGCGACAGAAGACCAGCUAAAAUUAUCGACAGAGAAGACGAUUAUAGGGCGAAGAAGCGUCUCAUGGUCAUCUCUCCAGACCGAAUUGAUCCUUUUGCUGAAGGUGGCAAAACUCCGGAUGUUGGCUCGAGGACUUACACGGAGAUUAUGAGAGAGCAGCAGCUCAAAGGAGAGGAAAAGGAAAUAAGAAGAAAAUUGGUAGAAAAGGCAAGGGAUGGUACUUUGAAGUCAAACGGAGAAUCCAAGCCACCACCGAAAAAGCGAGGUAGAUGGGAUCAGACGGAUGACACUCCUACUCCUAAGAAACCUGCCAGCACCGUAGCAACCCCUACUUCGUGGGAUAAUGCAGAUGUUACGCCAGCUGCUAUUAGGUGGGACGAGACACCAGGACAUGGCAAAGGCGGUGAAACUCCUGGAGCAACUCCAGGUGUCAGUACGAGGAUGUGGGAAGCUACACCUGGACAUGCAACUCCCGGUGCCGUUACUCCUGGAAGGGAAACUCCCUCUCACGACAAGAAUAUGUCCAGUCGUAGAAAUCGUUGGGAUGAAACACCUAAAACCGAAAGAGAAACACCUGGUCACGGCAGCGGGUGGGCAGAAACUCCUAGAGCCGACCGAGUUUCCGGCGAUUUGAUCCAAGAAACACCUACCCCAUCAGCCAGUAAACGUCGUAGUCGAUGGGACGAAACUCCAUCUAAUCAAACUCCUGGCUCGAUGACACCACAAACGCCAGCAACUCCACUUGGAACUCCUCACCAGUCUUCGAUGAUGACACCUAGUGGAGUAACUCCAACAGGUCCUAAAGCCAUGGGUAUGGCAACUCCAACACCCGGACAUCUGAUGUCCAUGACUCCAGAGCAACUGCAAGCCUAUCGUUGGGAGCGUGAGAUUGACGAACGCAACAGGAUUUUGGGAGACGAGGAAUUGGAUGCGAUGUUCCCGCCUGGGUAUAAAGUGCUUACAGCACCCGCUAGUUACCAGCCGAUUCGAACUCCUGCGAGAAAAUUGACCGCGACCCCAACUCCCAUCUCCGGCACUCCUCAGGGCUUCUUCAUGCAGCAGGAGGACAGAAACGCCAAGUACAUUGAAAACCAGCCCAAGGGCAAUCUGCCUUUCAUGAAGCCAGAAGAUGCACAAUACUUCGAUAAAUUGUUGGUGGACGUUGACGAAGAAACCCUUAGUCCGGAAGAUCAGAAAGAACGGAAGAUUAUGAAGCUGCUUUUGAAAAUCAAGAAUGGCACGCCACCAAUGCGAAAAGCCGCACUCCGACAGAUCACUGACAAGGCAAGGGAGUUUGGAGCAGGGCCCCUUUUUAAUCAAAUUCUCCCACUUUUGAUGUCUCCGACACUGGAAGAUCAGGAGAGGCAUCUUCUCGUGAAAGUUAUUGAUCGUAUUCUUUACAAGUUGGAUGAUCUCGUGAGGCCUUAUGUCCAUAAGAUCUUGGUCGUGAUUGAACCACUGCUGAUCGACGAAGACUAUUAUGCGAGAGUGGAGGGCAGAGAAAUCAUUUCCAAUUUGGCAAAAGCUGCUGGUUUGGCCACUAUGAUUUCGACGAUGAGACCCGAUAUUGACAACAUCGAUGAAUACGUGCGUAACACGACAGCGAGAGCCUUUGCGGUAGUAGCUUCAGCUCUAGGAAUCCCCUCACUUUUGCCCUUCUUAAAAGCUGUCUGUCGGAGCAAAAAGUCUUGGCAAGCACGACAUACGGGUAUUAAAAUUGUCCAACAAAUCGCCAUUCUCAUGGGAUGUGCAAUCCUGCCGCAUUUGAAGAGCUUGGUGGAAAUUAUUGAGCAUGGAUUAGUCGAUGAGCAGCAGAAAGUUCGAACCAUCACAGCCUUGGCAAUUGCCGCUCUAGCUGAAGCUGCGACGCCCUACGGUAUCGAAAGCUUUGAUUCGGUUCUGAAACCGCUUUGGAAAGGUAUUCGAACUCACCGAGGAAAAGGUCUUGCCGCUUUUUUGAAAGCUAUUGGUUAUCUCAUUCCUUUGAUGGAUGCUGAAUAUGCUAAUUAUUAUACUCGAGAAGUAAUGUUGAUUCUUAUUCGUGAAUUCCAAUCGCCUGAUGAAGAAAUGAAGAAAAUUGUAUUGAAGGUCGUUAAACAAUGUUGUGGAACGGAUGGUGUGGAAUCGCAAUACAUCAAGGACGAAAUCCUUCCCCACUUCUUCAAGAACUUCUGGAACCACAGGAUGGCCCUCGAUAGACGAAAUUACAGACAGUUAGUCGAUACAACUGUCGAAAUCGCAAACAAAGUAGGCGCCCAAGAAAUCAUCAACCGAGUAGUGGACGAUUUGAAGGAUGAAAAUGAGCAGUACAGGAAAAUGGUUAUGGAAACCAUAGAGAAAAUUAUGGGUAACUUGGGAGCAGCGGAUGUUGAUUCUCGUCUGGAGGAACAACUCAUUGAUGGUAUUCUCUACGCUUUCCAAGAACAAACCACGGAGGACGUAGUUAUGCUUAAUGGAUUUGGCACGAUCGUCAACACACUGAGCAAAAGAGUGAAGCCCUACCUUCCUCAAAUUUGCGGUACUAUCUUGUGGCGAUUGAACAACAAGUCUGCCAAAGUUCGACAACAAGCUGCUGAUCUCAUUUCCCGUAUCGCCGUCGUAAUGAAAACGUGUCAAGAGGAAAAACUUAUGGGACAUUUGGGAGUUGUUCUUUAUGAAUACUUGGGUGAAGAGUACCCGGAAGUUUUAGGAAGUAUUUUGGGAGCUUUAAAGGCAAUUGUGAAUGUCAUUGGAAUGACAAAAAUGACGCCACCCAUAAAAGAUUUGCUGCCUAGAUUGACGCCUAUUUUGAAGAACAGACACGAAAAGGUCCAAGAGAAUUGCAUUGACCUGGUUGGUAGGAUAGCAGAUCGAGGACCAGAGUAUGUAUCAGCCCGAGAGUGGAUGCGAAUUUGUUUCGAGCUUUUGGAAUUGCUAAAAGCCCACAAGAAGGCCAUUAGGCGAGCAACUGUCAACACCUUUGGUUACAUUGCAAAGGCUAUUGGACCUCACGAUGUCUUGGCAACAUUAUUGAACAAUUUAAAGGUCCAGGAACGUCAAAAUCGAGUCUGUACUACUGUGGCGAUAGCCAUUGUCGCUGAAACGUGCAGUCCCUUUACAGUUUUACCUGCCUUGAUGAAUGAGUAUAGAGUUCCUGAACUCAACGUUCAAAAUGGAGUCCUCAAGUCCUUGUCUUUCUUGUUCGAGUAUAUCGGAGAAAUGGGCAAAGAUUACAUUUAUGCUGUCAGCCCUUUGCUAGAGGAUGCUCUUAUGGACAGAGAUCUAGUACACAGACAAACGGCGUGUGCUGCUAUCAAACACAUGGCUCUUGGCGUCUACGGUUUUGGAUGUGAGGACGCGUUAAUACAUCUCCUAAAUCACGUCUGGCCCAAUGUUUUCGAAACCUCCCCACAUUUAGUCCAGGCCUUCAUGGAUGCUGUAGACGGUCUUCGAGUUGCACUCGGACCAAUAAAAAUUCUCCAGUACACAUUACAGGGUCUAUUCCACCCGGCGAGAAAAGUUCGUGAUGUUUACUGGAAGAUAUACAAUUCACUUUACAUAGGGGGACAAGAUGCUUUGGUAGCUGGUUAUCCGCGAAUAAUGAAUGACCCAAAGAAUCAGUACAUUAGAUACGAAUUGGAUUACGUUUUGUAAGAGACUACACCUGUACAUUGCUAAGUUAUUUCAUUUCUGGAGGCGUGGGGGAAAUCCCUGUUUAAUAAAACUAUUUGUAAGUAUUCAUUAAAUUUAAAAUAACGUGUAUCACAGCCAUGUAAAAAAUAUGGACGUGUUGCUACGAGAAUCUUUCCAAAACAAAACGAAAAUAAUGAUGACAUUAUUAAUAAUUGUCAGGGACUAGAUCAGUAAUCUACAAACCGACUAUAGAUUCUAUAAAUUUUGGACUAUUUUGUUUAAUAAUCCAUUCAAGAUUCGCGCACACUUAUUUUAAAAACAUCGACUGGUUAUAAUUUUCAAACUGUACUAUUGUAAGUCAGUGAAUAGUGCGUUAUAAAAAAAUAUGAAAAUAAAGAAGAAAUGAAGCUGA